GGAGCCUGAUACGACAUGUGACAGGGUAAACUGAAGUGGUUACUCUGCCCGUUAGAAUGAAAAUCUACCAGGUUUCAGACAUCUCGAACACAGAGUAUGAAUUCACCAAAGGUGUCCUGGGGCCACCUGGGACUCUCACCUGUUACUAUUGUCUGGCUGUACCUAUGGUCUCAGAUUGGAGCUGCUCCUAAUUUUUCAGAUUACCUGCUGAAGGUUUUGCAGAACCACACGGUGCAGGCAUGUGACGGGGAGCAGUUGCCAAUAAACUGCCCACCUCAGAGCACCAUCAGUGUUCUGUCUGCCUUCUACGGGCGUCGGAUCGCCAGCCAACGUCUGUGUCCCACUGCAGGAAACACGACCAGCGAAAGCACCAACUGCAUGGCUCGCACUACUGUACCGAAAGUGUUUGACGAAUGCCAGGAACAACGCUCAUGCCAGCUCUCUGUCAACAGUCGGGUGUUUGGACUCGAUCCCUGCCCAGGAACCACCAAAUAUCUGAUCAUUUCCUACAAAUGCAAACCCGAUGGGCACAAAAGGAAAGCUGUAUGUGAGAAUGAAAAACUGCGUCUCCACUGCAAGAACCACACCAUCCUGGUCAUUUAUUCUGCCAGCUUCGGACGAUCCCCGAAUGGGAAUGUGGACUGUCCCUCGAUCAACAGCUCAGCACCGGAUAUUGAAUGUUUAUCGUCUACUGCCCUAAGACAAUUGUCAAUGAGAUGCCAUGGGAAACCCAACUGCACGGUCAUUGCCAAUGUGCUGAGCUUCGGCAACCCCUGCUUUCCUGGAGUCCGCAAGCAACUCAAAGUAGCGUAUGCCUGCGCUCCAAAAAGGCUGUUUGAAGAGGCCAGUCAAGAAUCGGUGAAGCCUUUCUUAAUAUCAGAUUACACCCACGGUGGCUGGUAUAACGGCCCAAGAAUGUCGAGGCUUCAUGCAAAAGAUGCCAUCAUGAUUGUUAGCAGUUCUUGGGCCACUCUUGCCCACAUUAGGGGUCUCCCAGAGAAGGUAGCCUUGUACUUUGUGUCUGGGGUGUCCAUUGGCUUAGUCUUGAUCCUCUGCACGUUUGGAUUCCACAUGGCAGUGCUAAGAGACAUCAGGAAGCUCUGCAGUGAGCCGGACGAUGACAACCAAGGUUCUGAAGAUGGACUUACCAAGAUUCGAGAUGACGAUGACGACGACUCCUCAGACACCUCAUUCCGACAGCUGACCAGGCAAUACAGGACCUCGGACAACAUCUUCAGCCCCCAGGUGGCCGCUGUGAUGAUAGAGAGAGUGGAGCAAAAGGAACAAGGCGACAAUGAAAUGUGGCUGAAUAAAGAAUCCAGCCCAUACGCCAUCCCAAACCAUAACCAGCAUUCCAGGUGAAGGAUGAGGGUAGGAUUAUAUGGCAAAGGGCAGGAGUAAGUUUCUAAAGAGGUUUUCAGUUUCUCAGUGAUGGUGAAUGUGCAACAAACACACCAUAUGGUGAGGUUCGCUCUAAUACUGCACAGUGCUGCCAUCUCCUGGGUAUAUGUGCUUCUCUCAAGUUUUCUCAUUUCUUUUCCUUCAGCCAUAAAGCAUUCACUUCAAAUUAGUGAAUUUUUUAAAAUAGUUUUCCCUUCUAUUUAAAAACAUCCCUUGUUUUUAAUAUAAAAAUGAAUUGCUUCUCUCUUCCCAGACCUUUCCUGCUUUGUAUUUCUGAUUUCUUCUCCACAGGUUAGGUAUUAUUUCCUGCUGGUCAAUAAACUUAUCAAUACCGAUAUUGUAUGCUUAUAAUGAGGAAAGCACUGUGCCACUAUAGGUAAAUGGUCUGACCUGCAAAAUGCCUUGCCCUUUGUGUUUCUUUCAUUCUUCCUCCACUAUAUUUUUGCCUCUUUGACCAUUUAUUUUUUCUUUAUAAUUAAGACAUGGUGCGCAGCGUGUAAAUAAUCCAAAUCUUUUAUACUAAGGUCCUCUUGUGUGACUCUAAAUGGCACCAUGUUCACUUUUAGCUGUUAUACCAAUGAGCUUCUGAAAGAAAAAAAUAUCCUACAUCAAAAUAACACGUUUGACCAAUUGAUCUUGGAAAAUGAAAGGGUUCAAACACAACAGGGACAAGUUUAAAUUGGGGUUUUUAUAAUCUUUGCAUUUAGGAGUAAGGAGGGAAUUAGCGAGGAGGGAGGCCAGAUGGAAGUUUUUGACUCUUGAAGAAUAAUAAGCAGACUCAGUUCGCAGGACGAGCCACUGAAAUUGAGAGCAUAAAUAAGUUCAAAGAGGAAUCAGAAAGUAGACUUGAGGGGUGUAAUAGCCUAUACUUGUUCUUAAAACCUUUUCUGUUCCAUUGGUCCACUAACCGACAUUGUUAAAAGAUUGCAACAAAAACUCUAAUAUUCACUUUGAACCAAACGUCAGCUUAAUAAUAGUUGCAUUGCUGUGAAGUGACCCCAAUGUUCGCUUCACUAAAACAUCAGUGACUUUACCCUGCUGCACAAUUUCUUGCUGCUUUUAAUUGCGAAUAUAGGCGAUUGGAAUUGUGGAAAUGUUGUUCAGCUGGUUCCUGCCGUUAAUGUUCUGUAAUUUGAUAGGAUUAAAGCCAUAUUGCACCUAA